AUGUCGAAGUUCGGGGUCCUGGUCAUGGGCCCGGCCGGCGCGGGCAAGACGACCUUCUGUACCUCGCUCAUCCAACACCUCCAGAACACUCGGCGCAGCUGUUUUUAUGUCAACCUCGACCCGGCCGCCGAGAGCUUCUCCUACGAGCCCGACCUGGACAUCCGCGAGCUGAUCACCCUCGAAGAUGUGAUGGAGGAGAUGGGCCUGGGCCCCAAUGGCGGCCUGAUGUACUGUUUUGAGUUCUUGCUGCAGAAUCUCGACUUUCUCAACGACGCCCUCGACCCGCUGAGCGAAGAGUACCUGAUCAUCUUCGAUAUGCCCGGCCAGAUAGAACUCUAUACUCAUGUCCCGCUCCUGCCGUCGCUCGUCCAAUAUCUGUCCCGGUCUGGAGCCCUUAACAUAUCUCUCUGCGCCGCCUACCUGCUGGAAAGUUCUUUCGUCGUCGACCGGCCCAAGUUCUUUGCCGGCACGCUGAGUGCCAUGUCCGCCAUGAUCAUGUUAGAGAUACCACACGUGAACAUCCUCAGUAAGAUGGACCAGAUAAAGGGUGUCAUUGGCAAAAAGGAGCUCAAGCAGUUCACUUCGGUGGAUAUCAAUUUGAUAGAGCCUGGCAACGAGGAGUCAACUGGUCGAGACCCGUCUUCCACUACGGAGGUCCUGACCGGUAGCUCAUUCAACCGUUUGAAUAAGGCUGUUGCCCAACUAAUUGAUGAUUUUAGCAUGGUCUCGUUCCUCAAGCUUGAUGCGCAGGACGAGGAUAGCAUCUCUGCCGUUCUAAGCUAUAUUGACGAUGCGAUACAGUACCAUGAAGCGCAAGAGCCAAGAGAGCCCGCAGCUGACCCCGAAGCCGAAGCGGACAUGGAAUGA